AUGGGAAGAAACAGACUUGAAAGGCCUACAGUGGCAGUUUGUGGCCUGGGGAUCGCUGGUAUAUCUGCCUGCAAGAACCUGACAGAGGCUGGCUUUGACGUUACGGGAUUCGAUGCUUCUGAUGCCAUUGGUGGCCUCUGGCACUACUCCGAAGGCGAACGGACUUCUUGCUUGUACAAUACUCGCGCAUUGGUCCGCAGGCGUGACUCCGACGUGCCGCUCGAACCAGGAGAAAUCCAAGAAUAUCUGGAGUCAUAUGCCCGUCAUUUUGGUCUUGGGCCUCGCCUCCGACUUGAAACAAGAGUGUCAGCCGUCAAUAGGGUUGGCAACAAGUGGCACCUGCAGCUGACAAAGUUGGAUGGUGAAAGCGAAGAGCAAGCCUUUGAUAGAUUGGUACUCUGCACUGGUCUUAACCACUCUCCCAAGCAGAUUCAUUUUGACGGCAUCGAAGACUUCAAGGGUCAAGUCUUCAAUACUCACACUUACAAAAGGCAAGGCGAUCUCUAUAAGCUACAUUCUCUGGCCCGAGUCCUGAUCGUCGGGCUUGGAGCCACAGCCACAGACAUUGCAAGAGGUCUCGUGGGAAUAGCGAAAAGUAUUUCCAUAUCACACCGUAAUGGUUGUCUCAUGCUGCCCUUCGGGAAAGCCAAUGAUUUCUGCUUCCCUCCUCUUCGCACGCAAAGAGACAAUGUAAAAAGGCCCGUCAUGGAACAAGCACAGAUGUUCCACAAAGCCUUUGUCAAGAUGCAAGACGAAGCCUUCAGCAUGAAGCCAGAAUGGGGCCUGGAAAAUCCGCCCCCAAUGCCGUACAAGUUGCCUAUCAUAGGGGAUGGGUUUUAUGAACACCUCGUCUCCGGCGCUGUUUCUCUAGUUCCUGGUCUGAAGAGAGUCUACGAAUCGCAUGUGGAGCUAUCAGACGGAAGCUCCCUCGAAGUUGACGUUAUCAUAAUCUCCGUUGGCUACACCAAGUCAUACUCGUUGUUGGGCCCAUGGGAUCCUUCCCGGAAUAUGCCACAAGCAUGGAAGGAUACCCCCGGUUCGAUGGGACGACCUCUCCCGAGGCUUUAUCAGGGAAUCUUUUCUCUGGACUUCCCAGACUCCCUCGCGUACCUAGAACAUGUAGGAGCUACUCUAUCCGCUACGAUCAACGGAGAUUUGGCUUCAAUGGCACUGGCACAGGUUUGGGCCGGAAACACAAAGUUACCAUCAGAUGCAGAAAUGGCGAGAAACGCCGACAAACAGAACCAGAUGGCAAUAUCCCUGGCCAGCAAGGGUGAAAUUUACGAUCCCGCCAUGGUGGACAGACCCGAAUGGAAUCUCUGGGUGGACAAAGCAGCAGGGCUAGGAAUUUAUGACCGAAUUGGCAACGGAUGGAAGUCAUGGCGACUGAUGCUGACUGACUACCGACUCUAUAAAGCACUCUUAGAUGGCACGUUUGUCCCACAGGUCUACAGGCUCUUUGAUGAGGGGAAACGAAAGCCGUGGGCAGGGGCCCGCGAGUCGUUUCUCAGGGCCAAUGGAAUGAGGUAG